AUGGAGAGUAUCCCAAGACCGGGGAGAGGGCGAUGUGAAUAUCGGUACGUCGAAACUAUUUCGGUAGGCACAAAUGUGUUCAUAGCGUGUUGGGUGUUGACCAUCGUGGUGGGAAUCACGCUGCUCUUCCGCUACGCAGUCAAAAGCUGGGUGCGAUUUGCACUACCACAGGUUUCGGCCCCAGGGCGAAUCUGGGGAUAUGAAGACCUGUUCUUCCUUGCUGGCUUCGUGCUUGACCUAGGCCAUAUGGUCAUGAUUCAGAUGAGCUCGAGAUGGGGGUUAGGCCGACAUUUCUUCUACUUGACUGGAGAAGAGCGCUCCAUGGCGAUGAAAUACGACUUUUACUCCCAGCCACUUGCCGUCGCCGCGGCCAUGGUGUCUCGAACCGGAAUGAUGUGGUUCCUCCUGACGUGCUUUGCGGCGAGUGAUAAGAAGAUUCGAAUCUCGAUCAUUGUGUGCGCAAUUGUGCAGAUUGUCGUCAAUAUGGUGACGAUCGUGCAGAUUAUUGUCCAGUGUGGGCCAAACCCGUACUUUGCGACUAAUCGCGUACUAUACUUCAAAUACAUGUGGACUCCGCUGCCGAGCGACGGAUCUGUCGUCUGUCAAUCGCCGGACGUCCAGACCACGGUGGGCUUUGUACAAGGAGGCUUCAAUACCGUCAUCGACUGGAUUCUGGCAGUGAUUGCCGGUGUUGAACUAUGGCAAUUCUUCCUUCGAACUCUGCACCGUGAAAACCUCUCGUUUUGGUCACAGUUCAAGAGGAUUAACAGCACUGUGCGGUCUCGACGAAUUUGGCAGACCUUGACCCUAUGUGGGCCAUUGCUCCUUUCAGGCGCGGCGUCAAUCAUCAAGACAUAUGUAAGUUCUGUGAUGCUCCGUCGGGUCGCCUUGGAAAACUGGAAUACCCCCAUGCUGACUGAAUGGAAAUGUGACCAGAAACUCAAAUCCUUGGGAGACAGACUGGAUUUCACAUAUAAUAUUGUGUCUUUUAUUUUGUGGGUAAAAAUUGAGAACUAUAGCAUUCUUCUCGCCUCUUGCGCUCCAGUCGCGCGCCUGUUCCUUCGGACCAUCGUUGAUGCGCGCCAAGAGGGACGAACAGGCUACUGGUCCAAAUCGAAUUCGCGAAACAAGAGCGCCCAGAACGAGAUGGAACUCAGAGACAGACGGGACCCAGACAAGAUCAGCUGGGUUGAUUCGACGACCGCUACAGCGACGGCGAUGACACAAUGGCAGGAUGAGGAACAGCCGCCGAUCACGUGGACAGUGAGCCCGGAUCGAUCCAAGCACCGCGUCUCCAAGGGCUUCCAGGGCUAUGAGAAGGAAGCAGAUGGGAACAACAGUGGAGGUGUCACCGUCCAGACGGAUAUUGUAGUGCAAGUCGACAACAGAUGGUCAACUUGCAGCGGGGAUGCUCGGCUUCUUCCAGAUGGCGGAGAGCUUAUGCCAGGGCUUCCCCAGCCGAGUCUGCGGCACUCCAGAGGCUCAUUUUGA